GAGACACACUGAAUUUUUGUCUAUCAUUAUCGUUCACUAGAAACUUUUAGAUUUAUUUUGUUUUUGACGCAAAAACUAAGUAAAAACAUUAUAAAAAAUGGCCGCUCGCGGCGAUCUAACUGCACAAUUCAUUGAAAUCACUGGCACUGAUGAAAACGUUGCCCGUUUUUAUCUAUCCAGCUGCGACUGGGACAUUGAGCAAGCGCUAGGUAACUACUGGAGCACACAGACUGAUUUGCCAGCUACUCCAACUGUAGGGGGUCAGUCGAGCAAUCCAACAUCGGCGCCGGUAACAACCACGACCUCUGCUGGCGUCGGCGCUGGCGCCAACGUCGCUGCCGCUACAGCCUCAGCAGCAAAAAGCGUCCCAGCUGCAUCAGUUGCUUCUGCGACUGCUCCGCCAAAAGCCGCCGCUAAUAAACCAAAAUUUGCUACGCUCAGCGACAUGUCGAAGCAACCAUCUAGUGAUGACGAGCAUCAGGCAUUCUAUGCCGGAGGAUCUGAUCGUUCUGGGCAGCAAGUUUUGGGACCGGCCAAACGUAAGAACUUUCGCGAGCAGUUGACCGAUAUGAUGCGCUCGGCACAGGAGCAAAACAUAGCCGAAGUGGGUGUCGGACCCUCCACCAGCGCCUCGGCUGUCGGCGGCGGCAACGUUUGGGGUCAGGGCAUGCGGCUGGGCAUGACAGAUAGUGAUCAUACAGUAGUGGGUACCAAUCAAGCAGCACAGGCAACGGAAAACAAGCCGGUUGUGGUGCUUAAGCUAUGGAGCCAAGGUUUCUCUAUCGAUGGCGGUGAACUGCGUCACUAUGAUGAUCCGCAGAACAAGGAGUUCCUGGAGACCGUGAUGAGGGGUGAAAUCCCCCAAGAGCUGCUGGAAAUGGGUCGCAUGGUCAAUGUAGAUGUGGAGGAUCACAGACAGGAGGAUUUCAAGCGUCAGGCAGUGCCACAAACCUUCAAGGGUUCGGGCCAGAAACUUGGCAGUCCGGUGGCCAACAUUGUGACCAAUAAAGCACCAGCCGCUGCUGCCGCUGCGGCAUCACCUACUGAAGUGGCCAGCCACGAGGCAACUGCACGAGAUGCCCUAAACUUGAAUGCCGAAGCUCCUUUGACAACGCUCCAAAUACGCUUGGCAGACGGCUCUAGGCUGGCGGCUCAGUUCAAUUUGACGCACACUGUUUCCGACAUACGUCGCUUUAUACAAAAUGCUCGUCCGCAGUACUCGAAUAGUAACUUUGUUUUGGUCUCUUCGUUUCCUACACGCGAGCUAAGCGAUGACAGCUCCACCAUCGAGAAGGCUGGCCUCAGGAAUGCUGCGCUUAUGCAACGCCUAAAAUAAAACCGAUAAACACAGAAAAUUUAUAAUAAUAAUGAAUAUUAAUAGUAAU